AAAUUGCUUGUGUACAGCGCCUUACAAUUUCCUUUUCCAUCUUUUACUCCUUGCGAUCUUUACAACACUCAGAGUAGCGGUGGUUAUCCUCUUUUUGCGCCCGGGGUAAGGAGGGGAGGUUGUGAUUUAAUUUUGCUCACUCAGUAGAAUCAGAGACAGCUGGAGACAAAAGUAAAUAUAUAUAUAUAUUUAACAAUGAAGAGGAAUUGCAAAUUUUGGGAACUGCAGGAACUCGGGCUUGAGAAUGGGAAAGAUGAGGCUGGUUUGGAGAACUGAGGUUUUCAGGUCAGAUUCAGAUCAUUGAUGAAAUCCUUGAGGAAUGCGACUAAGCUGCGCCGUGAGCCAGUUAUUUUACACAACUCGAAUUGUGGCAAGGAAAGGUAACAGAAUACUUUGGAUUUGCAAUCACUACAGGGUCCUGGGGUACCCUGGAAGGUACCAGGAAGUAAAAGCCUGCCUGAAAAAGUGUGCUUUGUUUAGUUUGUAUUUGCACGGCCACCAGUCGUGAAGUUAAGUACUGUGCUGGGUGAGUGAAGUACAGAUUCCCUACCCUGGUGAGGCUUACAGCCUGCUUGGACAGACAGACGUGAAGAUGGGCAAAUAGAGAGGAGAUGUAAACAGUAGGGCUUCCUGGAGAGAGUGGUGUCUACACUGAUCUAAAGACUACAGAACCGUGCCCAGAGAAGUUGGAAGAACAUCACAGUGAAAUCAAAGCCUGCAGGAGGCGGAAAGAUUAACUGUUGGGAGGACCGUUUAGUCUUCCUCCUUUUUUUUUUUUUUUUUAAGAUUUUAUUUAUUUAUUUGACAGAGACACAGCGAGAGAGGGAACACAAGCAGGGGGAGUGGGAGAGGGAGAAGCAGGCUCCCUGCAGAGCAGGGAACCCGUUGCGGGACUCAGUCCCAGGACCCUGGGAUCAUCACCUGAGCUGAAGGCAGUCGCUUAACCAACUGAGCCACCCAGGCGCCCUAGUCUUCCUCUUAAUUGAUCUCUUGGCAGCAUUUAGCACUGUCACCAUCCUUCCUUCUGAAAUUUUUUCUCCCCACGACUGAGUUUCUCUUCCUCUGCCUCUUGCUGAUUUCCUUCUCCUUUGCAGGGCUUUCGUCACCUGCCCCUUUGGUGGCCCUGGGAGUUCCAUCAUGGACCUCUUCUCACUCCACACAUUCUGCCUUGCUCAUUGCGCCCUCUCCCAAGGCCUGAAGAACUCUAUAUUAAACGAUGACCAGAUCUCUGCAGCCCAGAUUUCUCUGAGGCUUAGCCUCAUGUGCCCCCACCCCUGCUCCUUCUCUCAUUUUGGAGUGUGCACAUGCUAUUCACUCUGCUUGGAAUGUUCCCUCCCUGGCCACCUCAGCUCAUCUGUCUGAGCCCUCCAUGCUGCAGCUGCAGCAAGGAUCUUUCUCUGUAAGCCCUCACUGUUGGAGCAAGCUCCGGGUUCCAGUUAGAUGCCUCUCCCAUAUGCCUUAACCCUUGUCACACCACAGUACGGUCUGCUUCUCUGCCUCUCUCUCCCAGGAAGCUGUAAACUCCUUGAGGUCAGAGACUGUCUGCCCCCUCAUACCCAGUCUCUACUGUAGUGUCUGAUGGUAUCUGGCAUAUAUUAGGUCUUUAAUAAAUCUUAGAUGAGUAAAUAAAAGAAGGAAUGACUAAUAGUGUUUAUUGUUGCCGAGAAGUCAACUAAGAGAAGUACUAAAGAAUACUGGCAUUGGGCACCAGGAGGUCGUCUAACGCCACAUGAUUCAUGUCAGCUGAGGGCAAUCGUAGAGAAAUGGAAUGGAACACUUGGGAGGUGAAAGAAUAGGAACAGCCAGAGCCUUCAAAAGUGUCACUGUGAGGUGGGAAAUGGGGAGUGGUUUAGUGGAACAGGGUGAGGUUUUGUGUUUCUGCUAUUUCUAAAUGGGGGACAAUAACCUGAACACAUCUGAGGUUUCCUGGGCAGGAGCUGUCAAGAGGGAGCGUUGGAGAAACAGUGGAGAAGGGGGUACUGGUAGCAUGAGGCUCCAGAGAAAGCAGAAGGACACGGGCGUUGACCCAGAGCACAGCGAGACAGCGAGAGGAUUGCCGAGUGUUCUCAGGAAGAGAAGUGGAGGGCCUUCCAGGUGGAAGGAUCAACAGGAAGGGGUGGAGAGGAGGAAGAACUGGUGUACUUAAGGACUGACCCUUAGAUGGUAGGGUGAAGGUGCUGGCCCAGUACUUCAGUCUGUGCAGGGCCUUAAAUGCCCCAUUCACAAGUGUGCGCCCAGUCCCAGAGGCAGUGGGGGAGCCCAUCCUUGCUGUUUCCCAUCUUACAGACCGUCGCCUUGGCCAGCAUUCCCCAGAUCGGGAUCACCAGCAAUGUCCCAGGACGGGAGCAUUUCCAUGGUUCCCGGGCCUCUGGGAGAUGCGCAGACAGGGCCUGGUUUGACUCCCCGCAUGGCCACUUUCCUGCUCGGAACUGAGGACAAUGAUAAGUGAUGGCUCCCCUCCUUCUCCCAGAGCCCAGAUGCCCGUCCAGCCUCCAAGCAAAGACACAGAAGAGAUGGAAGCAGAGGGCGAUUCGGCUGCUGAGAUGAAUGGGGAGGAGGAAGAGAGUGAGGAGGAGCGGAGUGGCAGCCAGACUGAGUCAGAGGAGGAGAGCUCAGAGAUGGACGAUGAGGACUACGAGCGGCGUCGCAGCGAGUGCGUCAACGAGAUGCUGGACCUGGAGAAGCAGUUCUCGGAGCUAAAGGAGAAGUUGUUCAGGGAACGGCUGAGUCAGCUGAGGGUGCGGCUGGAGGAAGUGGGGGCUGAGAGAGCACCUGAGUACACAGAGCCUCUGGGGGGGCUGCAGCGGAGCCUCAAGAUCCGCAUUCAGGUGGCAGGGAUCUACAAGGGCUUCUGUCUGGACGUGAUCCGGAACAAGUACGAGUGUGAGCUGCAGGGAGCCAAACAGCACCUGGAGAGUGAGAAGCUGCUGCUCUACGACACCCUGCAGGGGGAGCUGCAGGAGCGGAUCCAGAGGCUGGAGGAGGACCGCCAGAGCCUGGACAUCAGCUCUGAGUGGUGGGAUGACAAACUGCACGCCAGAAGCAGCGCAAAGACCUGGGACUCCCUGCCAGCCAGCAAGAGGAAGAAGGCUCCUCUCGUUUCUGGUCCUUAUAUCGUGUACAUGCUGCAGGAGAUCGACAUCCUGGAGGACUGGACGGCUAUCAAAAAGGCCAGGGCAGCUGUGUCCCCUCAGAAGAGAAAAGCAGAUGGACCAUGACCAUGCUGUUCAGAGCCAAGGGGCCCCUCGGGGCAGCUGUCAGCAAAGCCAGGAUUCGCAUUUUCCUGCUGUGGGAAGGCAGACUGACAAGCCCCUCGGGGUCUGUCCAGCCAGCUCCCCGGUGCUGCUGCUGGACCUUCCCCUCCAGCCGUCGCUGGUCCGGACCCCUCUGCCCUCCUCGGGGGCCUGCACAGCUGUGGCCCAGAGCUGCCCUAGCCAGGCAAGACUGUCUCCUCCAUCCCCAGUGAGCGCACCACCUCCCCCUCCCAAAGGGCAGCCUCCUUGGUGCCCUCCUAGACAAAGAAGAUGUGGCUCAUCUUAAGCCAAAGCAACAUCCUUCCUGCUGUCCUUGGACCAGUUGCUGAGCCAGUGAGCUGGGCCCCACUCUGUGGGAACUCUGAGCCAGACAUUAUAUUUUGGGGGCCUGUCUCUCCUGGCUGUUGUUGGAGGUGAGAAGGCAGGCUCCCCGGGUCUUCUCAAGGAGGUUCUUGGUGUCUCCCAGAUUGCAGGGACUGGAAUUAAAAUCUCCUGGGACUCUG